AUGUCCGAUAUUAAAAAUGAGGAUUCGGCCGCCGCCGCCACCGACGAGGCUACGCCCACCCAGCGAUACGGUCUGUUUGGUGGGCUCGCAGCGCUCCGCGAAAGAGCCAGCAUCCAGGACCGCCUCGUCGAAAGACUUCUCGCCCAAGUUAUGCCCGCCGAGGACGGCGAGGUCAGCUUUACGCUCGACGAGGAUGUGGCCAGCGCCCACCGCGCGCCCGAGUUCAGCCUCGGCACCAUGUCUUACAACUUUCGACGCUUCAACGCCCGCGCCGGCGUGCUCUUCCAGCUGCAGGACCUGACCGAGUCGCUGCUCGAGUGGCAGCACCCCACGCAGACGCUCUCCCUGCUGGCCGUCUACACCCUCCUCUGCCUCGACCCGCCCCUGGUCGUGGCGCUGCCGCUCGCGCUGCUCGUCCUCGGCGUGCUGGUCCCGGCCUUUCUGGCGCGGCACCCGGCGCCCCCGCGCGGCACCUUGUCCAGCGACCAGAGCGUCGGUUACUCGGCGGCGGGACCCCCGCUCGCGCCGCCCGUGACGGUCGCGCCCGUCCGCGAGCUCAGCCGCGACUUUGUCAAGAACAUGCGGCGGCUGCAGAACCAGAUGGGUGCCUUUGUGCACGCGCACGACUUGGUGGUGGAAAAGGUGCUGCCGCUGACAAAUUUCAGCGACGAGGCGCUGUCGUCGACGGUGUUUCUCGGUGCCGUCGCCGGCGUCUUUGUGACGAUGACGACGGCGCACCUGAUUCCGUGGCGCUUCGUCUUUCUGGCUGGCGGCUGGGCGCACAUUUGUUCCACGAACCCGUAUGUGGUGCAGUUUGUCGCGGAUAUCAAGGCGGGCAAGUUUGGCGAGCUCGCGGCGGCGGCGGGCAUGCAGCAGGUGGCGGCCGAGGCGGCGCGCGACGGCGGGGACAAGGCCAAGUCGUUUGCGGAUCGCUGGAUUGCGUCCGACAUUCUGCUCGACUCGGCGCCCGAGACGCGCGAGGUUGAGAUUUUUGAGCUCCAGCGCAAGACGGGCCCCGGCGAGUGGGAGCCGUGGGUCUUUUGCCCCUCGCCGUACGACCCGCUGUCGGCGGCGCGCAUCUCCGGCGACCGGCCCCGCGGCACGCGCUUCUUCGAGGAUGUGGCGCCGCCCGAGGGCUGGGAGUGGAGCGAGAAGAAGUGGGCGCUGGAUCUUUGGAGCCGCGAGUGGGUGGAGGAGCGCAUCAUCACGAGCGUCGAGGUCGAGACCGAGGGCGAGCGCUGGGUCUACGACAUGUACGAUGGCGAUGAGGAGGAGGAAGACGUGCUGCGGCGCUCACGUGUGGUGGAGCAUCCGGAUGUGAAGGCGGCUAGGAACGUCUCGCACACGAGCUGGGAAGAGGGCGAGGAUGGGACGGGCCUCAAGGGCGAGUGGAGGAGGAGACGCUGGGUGAGGUUGGUGAAGCGCAAGGUCAGCCAGGUCGAGUAUUCGUGA